AUUCAUGUACAAUAACACCAAGAGCUGCUCUAACAACUAAUAAUAACAGAAUCUCGAACAGCGAACACAACAAUGCGAGUUCUUCUAAUUUUACUCGCGUUUUUUGCGCCAAUCGCCAGUCAACUUAUGGGUGGAGAAUGCGGAAGGGAAGGUGCUUGCUCCGUCAAUGGAAAAUGCUAUAAUGGAAAACUGAUUGAGACAUACUGGUGCCGUUGCAAAAAAGGAUUCGGAGGUGCUUUCUGUGAACGUGAAUGCGAUUUGGAUUGUAAACGAGGCGAGAAGUGCAUCUACGAUGUUUAUGGUGAAAAUCCGACGUGUAUCUGUCAAGAUUGCGAAGACGAGACUCCUCCAACAGAACGUACUCAAAAAGGCUGUGAAGAAGGCUAUGGAGGUCCUGACUGCAAAACUCCUCUAUUUUCGGGAGUAAAUCCAUGCGAUUCGGAUCCUUGCAACAACGGACUCUGCUAUCCAUUCUAUGGUGGAUUUCAGUGCAUAUGCAACAAUGGAUAUGGAGGAUCGUAUUGUGAAGAAGGAAUCGAUCAUUGUGCUCAAAAUGAAUGCGCAGAAGGUUCAACGUGUGUCAAUAGUGUAUACAACUAUUACUGUGAUUGCCCAAUUGGAAAAUCCGGUCGAUAUUGUGAACGAACUGAAUGUGCUUUGAUGGGAAACAUUUGCAAUCAUGGAAGAUGUAUUCCGAACAGAGAUGAAGACAAGAACUUCAGAUGUGUAUGCGACUCGGGAUACGAGGGAGAAUUUUGCAAUAAGGAUAAAAACGAAUGCCUCAUCGAAGAAACGUGUGUUAACAACUCUACAUGUUUCAAUUUGCACGGUGAUUUUACUUGUACCUGUAAACCUGGAUACGCUGGAAAGUAUUGCGAGGAGGCUAUCGACAUGUGCAAGGAUUACGUUUGCCAAAAUGAUGGAUACUGUGCCCAUGACUCGAAUCAGAUGCCAAUUUGUUAUUGCGAACAAGGAUUCACUGGACAACGAUGUGAGAUUGAGUGUCCUUCAGGAUUCGGGGGAAUUCAUUGUGAUCUUCCACUACAGAGACCACACUGCUCUCGGAGCAAUGGAACGUGUUACAACGAUGGAAGAUGUAUAAAUGGUUUCUGUGUCUGUGAACCUGAUUAUAUUGGAGAUCGAUGUGAGAUUAAUAGGAAAGAUUUCAAGUUCCCAGAUAUUCAGUCAUGCAAAUACAAUCCGUGUGUGAAUAAUGCGACUUGUAUCGAUCUCAAAAACAGUGGAUAUUCAUGUCAUUGUCCGCUUGGAUUCUAUGGAUUGAACUGCGAGCAACAUUUGUUGUGCACUCCAACUACAUGUGCUAACGGAGGUACUUGUGAAGGUGUGAAUGGCGUUAUCAGAUGUAACUGCCCCAACGGAUUCUCUGGAGAUUACUGCGAAAUAAAGGAUAGACAGUUAUGCUCCAGACAUCCAUGCAAGAACGGAGGAGUUUGUAAGAAUACUGGAUAUUGCGAAUGCCAAUAUGGAUACACUGGACCCACUUGUGAAGAAGUUCUAGUUAUCGAGAAAUCAAAAGAGACUGUCAUUCGUGAUCUAUGCGAGCAACGAAAGUGUAUGGAUCUUGCUUCCAAUGGUAUUUGCAACCCGGAAUGCAAUUUGGAAGAAUGUAAUUUUGAUGGAGGUGAUUGCUCAGGAGGGCAAAGACCAUUCUCCAAAUGUCAAUACCCUGCAAGAUGUGCUGAUCAAUUCGCAAAUGGAGUCUGUAAUCAGGAAUGCAAUAAUGAAGAAUGUCUUUACGAUGGAUUGGACUGUCAAUCAGAGUUAUUUCGAUGCCCAGCUCAUAUUCGGAAACAUUGUAUUGAAAGACGAGGCGAUGGAGUUUGUAAUUUAGAAUGCAGUUUCAUUGGAUGUGGUUUUGACGGUGGAGAUUGCAAUAACGGAACAGAAGCAAUAAUCCUCAGUGAUAUUCGUAUAAAAGUUCAAAUUGAUCCUAUUGAAUUCCAAGCUACCGGAGGAGAAACACUAAUGCAAAUCAGUGCAAAUCUUCGAGCAACCGUACGUAUUCAACGGGAUGAACUUGGACCUCUUGUAUUCAGAUGGGAUGGUGAACAUGAAAUGGAAAGAGUUGAGAUGAAUAGUAGCAAGCUCGAAGAUCAAUUUGUACUUUCGCAUCACGUUCGCAGGUAUCGGCAAGCUGUUGUCACUGGAAUUGUCUUGUAUUUGGAAGUCGAAGAAAUAUGUAAACCCGAGUUUUGCCGAUUUUCAACAGCGCAAAGUGUCGUUGAUUUGAUUGCUGCUGGACUUGUGAAGUCUGAUGGUCGUAUGUCUCUGGGUCUCCCAAUUACGGAAGCAAUGGUAGCUGUUCCAAAGAGAAACGAAAUCGAUGAAGGAUGGUCUCGCAGUCAAGUUAUUCUGUUUGCAUGUAUUGCAUUUUUGGCUUUUGGAACUGUUGUCGCUGGUGUUAUCGCAAAGAAUGGUCCAGAAAGAAGUAGAAAAAGAAAAAUGGUGAACGCAACAGUCUGGAUGCCUCCGAUGGAAUCAACGAACGAGAAAGGUCGUCGGAAUCAGUCAAAUCAUUCGAGUCAGUGCUCUCUUCUUGACAAUUCUGCCUACUAUCACCCCAAUACCAAGAGACACUGUAGCGAUUAUAGUACCGGCUACAAUGGAGAACAAUAUUCACAGAUUUAUCCACAAACUCUCGCAAAUGGAUAUCCCGGUGAUUACAACGAAUUGAACUUUGACUUUCAAUCUGAGACGUUCGCACCAGCUGAUCUACCAGCCGACGAAAUCCCUCUCCAUGUUCAAGCUGCAGGACCAGAUGCGAUUACAGCUCCAAUCACAAAUGAGUCAGUCAAUCAAGUGGAUUCAAAGUAUAGACGACGAGUUCUGCACUGGCUUGCUGCCAAUGUCAGAGGAAAACCGGAAGAUGUCAUUACAACAGAGGCAAUUCGAUGCUUGAAGGCUGGAGCCGAUGUGAAUGCAAGAGAUUGUGAUGAGAAUACUGCUCUGAUGCUAGCUGUUCGUGCACACCGUGUCAGACUUUCCGUAGUGCUUCUUCGUGAAGGAGCUAAUCCAACAAUAUUCAAUAAUUCGGAGCGAAGUGCCCUUCAUGAGGCUGUUGUCAACAAGGAUCUGCGUAUUCUGCGGCAUCUUCUCACUGAUAAACGUCUUCUCAAAGAAAUUGAUGAAUUGGACCGGAAUGGUAUGACUGCAUUGAUGCUAGUAGCACGUGAACUCGGAAAACAUCAAGUGGAGAUGGCAGAGCUUCUUCUUUCAAAAGGAGCAAAACUUGAUUACGAUGGUGCUGCUAGAAAAGAUUCCAACAAGUAUAAAGGACGAACAGCUCUUCAUUACGCAGCGAUGCACGAUAACGAGGAAAUGGUAAUAAUGCUGGUCCGACGAAGCUCUAAUAAGGACAAACAGGACGAAGACGGAAGAACACCGAUAAUGCUUGCCGCUAAGGAAGGAUGUGAAAAGACGGUGCAAUAUUUGGCUCUUAAUGAUGCUAGUUUGGGUAUAGUCGAUUCAAUGGACAUGACUGCUGCUCAAGUUGCUGAAGCCAGCUACCAUCAUGAACUUGCGGCUUUUCUUCGCCAAGUGGCAAACGAACGGCAUCGUAAUGAUAUCAUGCGACAGCAAAUAGUCAAGUCAGGUCAUGGUGCUAAGUCUGGGCGACAAACUGUGAAGAAUAUCAAAAGAGCAGGAUCUCGAAAAACGCCAACAAGUGCAGCAUCGUCUCGCGAAACAAAUCAUCUGACACCACCACCGUCUGAUGGAUCGUUCUCAUCUCCGUCUCCACAUUAUUAUCCGACGACUACAUCGACACCGAAUCGAAUGGAAACAAGUCCGGAGUACAUGUUUAACCAUGAAAUGGCACCACCGGUCAAUGCGAUGUGGUAUACUACACCACCUCCUUAUCAAGAUCCAAACUAUCGUCAUGUGCCUCCAAAUACUGCAUUUCAAAAUGCAGAGCAAAUGAAUGGCUCCUUCUACUGUUAAUCUAUUUAAUUCAUUAAUUUUUCAUUUAUUGACUGUAUCCCGGAUGUUUCUUGUCCUCCCAACAUAUCUCCUAACUGCUCGGUUCAUUUUAAAUAUGCUCAUCUCACUACAUCACCCAGACACUGGUCCCCACAGAGUUUUUUGUAUACUAUUUCGGGUCAUUUUUCUUAUUCUAGACUAAUAUUGUAAGCUAUAAGUUGUAGAAUAAUUAUUGAUCCAAAUCAGAUUAAGAGUAUAAGCUUUGUUUUUUCUCCUUUUCUUUAUAACUUGUUACAAUUUUUGAAAUUCCCUUUUUUGACAGGCUUUUAUUACACUGUAACUGUGUUUCUUAUCUUGCAAACAUUUAAUGAAUUGUAAUUCUUUAGU